AGAAGAAGAACGACGAAGCCAACUUGGAAGUGGUCCAUUGAAAGGUUGCUAGCGCGACCUCCUGUACUGUAGAAUGUAGUAUGGACCAUAGGACAGGACGAAGAAGUCCCGUUAAGAAGCUGUGGAGGCCUAAGAUGCUCUACUAGUCUGCUGGAAAUCCAAAGAAGACGAAGGAGUAAAAAGCAAAAUGGCGUUUGACAGAGAAGGCCUAAACGUGGCCACUGGCCAUUAUUGUUUCUCUAUUUGUAUUUAGUGCAUACAUGUACGCAUAUAUGUCGUGUAGUAGAUGAAACAUUGUUAGUCAUUGUUUGUAUCCGGAUACAUUAGUCUGAGCGCACUUUAUGUGCUAGCUUAGCUUGCUAGUUAGCUUAGCUUGUUAGCUGCUAACAAAGAGACGCGGACGUUAUCAACACAUCGCUAAGUAGAGAUCAAAUGUGAGUGUCAAGUGUUGUGAUUGUGUGAAAAUGUGCGAAAGAAUGAUAGCAAAGUAUGAGGAGGAACUUUGUCCAACAAAAGAGGAGAAGGAGCGACAACAUCAACUUAUGGACGCUGUUUUCAAGAAACAUCAAGUUGUGUUACACAGAACAGACAUCCAGCAGCCCCCCCACAUUAAAGAGGAAGACGAGGAUCCACAUCCCCCCCACAUUAAAGAGGAAGAGGAGGAAGUGUGGAUCAGUCAGGAGGGAGAGUGUCUUCUAGGGCAGGAGGAGGAUGAUGUCACCAAAUUUCCACUGACUGUUGUCUCUGUGAAGACUGAAGAGCAUGAAGACAAACCACCUGAGUCCUCACAGCUUCAUCACAGUCCAAACAUCCAGCGGGUGUCAGCGGGGAGUCAUGAAGAGGAGUGGCACACCAGUGUGGGACAGAAGGAGCUACAGGCCCCCUCCCACAUUAAAGAGGAGCAGCUUCAUGAUGAAGACGAAGUUCAGUCCUUACAGCUUCAUCACAGUCAAAGUGAGGAGAACAGAGGGGCGGAGCUUGUAAGUCAACACAUCACAGAAGCUGAUGGAGAGCAUUGUGAAGGUAUAAAGUCAGAACCAGACAGCAUCUUUGCUCCACUGUCAGACAUGGACGACAUGAUGUCAGACUCUUCUGAUCACAGUGACCACAUCCAAAAACCUUUGGAGAGUAAAAAUGACUCUAAAGGUGAUACGAGACAUCACACUAACAACAAACACUUUGACUGCUCUGAAUGUGGGAAAUCAUUUAGACGGAAGACUCAUUUUACAAGACACAUGAGAAUACAUACUGGAGAGAAACCUUUUACUUGCUCUGUUUGUAAGAAGAGUUUCUCCAGAAAGCAUCACAUGACCACACACAUGAGAACACACACUGGAGAGAAACCUUUUACUUGCUCUGUUUGUAAGAAGAGUUUCUGCAGAAAGCGUAACAUGACCACACACAUGAGAUUACACAUUGGAGAGAAACCCUUUACUUACUCAACUUGUGAUAAUAGAUUCAAAACUAAGUAUGAAUUUAUAUUACACAUGAGAACACACACAGGUGAGAAAUCUUUUGUGUGCUCUGUUUGUACAAAGAGUUUCUCCACAAAGCAAAGCAUGACCACACACAUGAGAACACACACUGGAGAGAAACCUUUUCUUUGCUCAGCUUGUGCCAAAAGAUUCAACACUAAGAAGGAAAUGAUAUUGCACAUGAGAACACACACAGGUGAGAAACCUUUUACUUGCUCUGUUUGUAAGACGAGUUUCUCCAGAAAGCAAAGCAUGAUCAGACACAUGAGAACACACACUGGAGAGAAACCUUUUGUGUGCUCAGCUUGUGCUAAAAGAUUCACCACUAAGAAUGACAUGAUAGUACACAUGAGAACACACACAGGUGAAAAACCUUUUACUUGCUCUGUUUGUAAGAAGAGUUUCUGCAGAAAGUGUAACCUGACCAGACACAUGAUAACACACACUGGAGAAAAACCGUUUAGUUGCACUGUGUGUGAUAAAACAUUCAGGUUUAAGAAUCAGAUCAGUAAUCACAAGUGUGUAACAGUAAUGGAAGCUACGGGGAUUUAAAAACACUUAAACAGUGAUUGUGCUAAAUGUAGUUCAAAAACACAGCAUGUUUAAUAUGAAUGUAUAUUUGAUGUUGUAUGUAGUGCUUCUCAUCUUCUAGUCUUAUAUGUUGUCCUGUAGUUACUUUUUAAGUUGUGUGCAUGUAUUGAAUAUUAUAUAUGUAGCUACUAUUUUAUUUUAUUUUCUCCGUGUUAAAGAGAGGACAUCUUUUUAUUUUCAUUUGGGUUUUUUUCCCACACAUUUUUACAUUGCAUUUUAUUGAUUUUAUCCAAUUAAAAGUAUGAAUGAAUAAAAUGGUUAACAAAAUGUGGACUCUGGUAGAUUAGCAGCCUUGUUACAUCAUGGAUGUUAACUACUGCAAAAGAUCAACAAAGAAGAAAAAGGCUGAAGUUAGCAACACAUCACUGAACUUUAGAGCCAUCGUGAGUGGAGUUGCUUGUUUUUAUUGCUGCAUUUGUACUUAUUUCACCUCACAUCUUCACUUUUAAUACUAAAGUCUUCUUCAAAUAUAUUGUUGUAGGUUUUUGAGAUUUAUGUUUCUGAUGUGUGUGUAGUCUGUGGAAAGGGUUGUUGUCCCUUGUGGAUCCAUUUGUUCACUUACACAGAUACAUCAUCAUCAUCAUCAUCAUCAUCAUCAUCAUCAUCAUCAGACGUCACCCGUUCACUACUGGACGAAACAGCAUUAAUGUUUUAAUACAAGUGUGACCUCAUUAUUCAUUAAUAAUAAGACUAAAAAUACAUAUUUAAGCACUGUAUUAGAGUGCCUCGUGUAGUACUCCAACUCGCCACACUGAGAAGUGGGGGCGAUCGUGAGCUAGCAGAUGCAUGUUGCUAUCAUGUUUUAUCAGCGAGGAAGACAGCAUUCGUGUUUACUUUUUUGUCAGAUCCAAGUUUUAUUGCUCUGCUGAAUAAAUGAAUGACUAUG